CUGACGUGACGGCACUUCUGAAAAAGAGUGCAAACAGCUGCGGGGCUCUGGCCGCUGCCAACAUUUCGGCUUUCCCCUGUGGGAGGGACCACGGCAGGCCUGCGGCAGACAGAUGACACGUGUGUGUCUAUAGUAGUGCCCAGGGUGCCUACGAACCCAAUCCAACCGAAACACGGAAUCGAACGAAUGGCGCAGGCAGGUCAAUUGGACGUCUCUCGUCUGGUGGUCCCAGCACUGCUUAUGCUUGGCUGGAUUGUGGGAUGUGCAGUAGUUGUGUACUGGGUCUUCAACUAGGAUAAAGAAAAACAUUAAGAAGUGGCGGAGGAUAUAACACAUUAUGGGCUGAAGACAGUUCUUAACCUGUUGACGUUGCUGUGUGUCUUUCCAUGUGUAUGAACAUGCGUGAAUCUUUCAUAAAGUUCUUUUGUAGCAGUAAGCCGCCAUGGUCCUGGUCGCGGAAAUGGAAUGCUAGAGACGCCUUCAUCAGUUUUGGGACAGGGUGGUGAUUUGGCUCACUUCCAGAUGUUUCUGUCUUGGGAAAAUGGCCCAUUUGUCACAAGCCUGGCCCUGGUGACAAGGGAGGCAAAUACCACACGUGUCUGCAGGGGCUCAUGAGAUAUGGAGCAAACCAGCUGUCGCGCCAUUUUUCCACUCCGAUUUCCCAAUAUCCUCUCCUGCCUCCAUGCAUGUCCUGUGCACCUGGAUGCCAUUAUAGUGAAGGGGACACUGGAAGUCAGCUCCUCUUGAAGGUCAUUUGAGGCUUGCAGGAAAGCAGUGUUUCCCUGGCUGUAAAUGUAGUCCUGAUGCAUGUGGUUGUUUUCCAUCUUUAAUUCCACAGACUGUCAGCACCAUAAACAAGCACCCCAUAGAGCAAUAAAACAAACAACUGGGUAUGAUAUAACUGUCAGUGACUUGUUAGAAAUGUUUAAUUUCCCAUGCCUUGAUUUUUAAAUAAAAAUAUGAAAAUGGAGGACAUUA